AUGUUGACCAUCAUCUGGUUUGUACUUGGCUGCCUAUUCGCCCGCUACCUCUACCGCGGACUGACCAAUCCUCUCGCCCACAUCCCUGGACCAACCUCUACCCGAUGGACCAGCUUUCUCCUUUGCUACUAUAGCCUGAGAGGCGAAGUGGCCCAGUAUGUCCAUAGCCUGCACUGCAAAUAUGGUCCCGUGGUCCGUGUCAGUCCCGACGAGGUCGACAUCUGCGACACCAGCGCCGUGAAGGAGAUCCACCGAACGGGCAAUGGAUAUCUCAAGUCCCAGUGGUAUGUCGACCUCACUCCUCGAGGGCGUGAAAGCACCUUCUCCACCGUCAACCCGAAGUUCCAUGCUGCUCAUCGACGGCUGCUGUCGGCGCCCAUUUCCGACUCGACCCUGAUGACCCGCUUCGAGCCCCUCAUUCGAGCCCGAGUCGGCCAAGCGAUGGAGGGACUGGACAAGGAGAUGGCAGCUACCGGGGCGGGCGAUGUCUACAAGUGGAUGCUCUUCAUGGCAACAGAUAUCAUCGGGGAAAUGUCCUUUGGGGAGUCUUUCCAUAUGCUGGACUCAGGGAAGAAAAGCCAUUACAGCAUUGAUCUGGAACGAAUCUCGUACAUGGGGAUCAUGCGCGCCACUUUUCCCACCCUAGUGCGGGUGGCAGCCAUCCUGCCGCUGCCCAUCCUCCGGGAGACGGUGAAAGCCACGAAUCGUCUGGAAUCCUACGCUGUCUCUUCGAUCAACCGUUAUCAGUCUUCGUUGAGAUUGAACCCGACCAAUCCCAAACCGACCCUUUUCACCAAAUUGUACGAUGCCGGAGAGAAUGGACUGUCGAAGGAUGAGAUCAUCGGGGAAGCGCGCACCUUCAUCAUUGCGGGCAGUGACACCACCGCCGUGACCCUGACCUACUUGCUCUAUUCAGUGUGCCAGAAUCCGCAUAUCCGGGACACUCUGGUCGCCGAAGUUGCUCAGCUGCCGAUCGACUUCACCGAUCGGGAUUUGCGUGGCUUGUCGUACCUGAACCAUGUAAUCCUGGAGUCACUGAGACUCUACAGUGCGGUCCCUGCGGCGCUGCGUCGUGUCGUGCCUUCUGGUGGUGCUCAUUUGGCUGGUUAUAGUCUCCCUGCCGGGGUUACGGUGGGAACGCAGUCGUAUUCGCUGCAUCGCGACGAGAAGAUCUUUUCAGAUGCUGAAACGUUCCGACCCGAGCGGUGGGAGUCCCCCACUCAAGCAAUGAAGGAUGCUUCGUUGCCCUUUGGUGGAGGAUCGCGUGUCUGCCUAGGAAUCCACCUGGCACGGAUUGAAUUACGUCUAGCAACCGCCAUGUUCUUCCGUCGGUUCCCCCAGGCGCGUGUUUCGAGUCGCGAUGGGAUGAGCGAGGCAGAUAUGGUAAUGGAGACGUUCUUCCUGAUGGCACCCAAGGGACAUCGCUGUUUGAUCGAGGGAAGAAGAGAGGGAGGGGGAGGGGGGGGUUGCACCACAGCAGAUUGA